AUGAAAACGAUUCGCGGCGGAGGAGGAGAGCACGGCCACCACGAGGCUCUCAAGUUUUCCAGUUUCUUCUUCAUGCCGGAGCGACCACGUGAUUACCUCGUGCUUUUCACGCGCUUCUCCGUCCUCACUUGCCUUAUCGUCUCCGUCUCUCUCGUCCUCCGCGCCACUUUCUUAUCCUCAUCGGCGCCGGAUUAUUCCUCCUACGGUCUCCGUUUCCCCGCCGUUCCUCAGAGAGCCUUAGCCCUACCUCCCACCGGAUCCGCCGGUCCGAUCAAUCUCUCCCACAUCCAGUUUUGUAUCGCCGGAGCAGCCGAUACCUGGCUCGAUCGGAGCCGAUACAUCUCCUUCUCGAGAGCCGCGGUUCGGAUCGCUCGUAUAAUCUGGGAUAGUUAUCGGCUAAAUCUACCGGAUGUACGGUGGUUCGUUAUGGGAGAUGACGAUACCGUCUUCUUCACCGAUAAUCUCGUCAAGGUUUUGUCGGAGUACGACCACGAGCAGAUGUGGUACAUCGGAGGAAACUCUGAGAGCGUCGAGCAAGACGUGAUGCACGCUUACGACAUGGCGUUUGGCGGCGGCGGUUUCGCGAUCAGUCGUCCUUUAGCGUCGCGUUUAGCCGCCGCGAUGGACGGUUGUUUGCAACGGUAUUUUUACUUUUACGGGUCAGAUCAGAGAAUCGCGGCUUGCGUUAGCGAGAUCGGCGUUCCGUUCACCGCAGAACGCGGUUUUCAUCAGCUUGACAUAAGAGGAGAUCCAUUUGGGUAUCUAGCUGCGCAUCCAUUGGCACCACUUGUAUCGUUGCAUCACCUUGUUUACUUAGACCCAAUGUUCCCUAACCAAAACCCGAUAGAGUCGUUACAAACCCUUAUGAAACCUUAUACUUUAGACCCGUAUCGAAUACUCCAACAGGUUAAUUGCCAUGACCAAAAGCGUCAAUGGUCCAUAUCCAUCUCUUGGGGAUACUCAAUUCAGAUUUACACUUACUUCUUGAGUGCUACAGAGCUGAAUACGCCUUUGCAGACCUUCAAAACUUGGCGGUCUUCGAGUGAUGGACCUUUCACGUUUAACACCCGUCCCUUGAAACCUGACCCGUGUGAGCGUCCCGUCACUUAUUUCAUGGAUGGUGCAGAGGAUGUGAGGGAUAGUGGGACGAAAACUUGGUAUAGCAUAGCGGAUAAGAAGUAUGGUCAUUGCGAAAAGAGUGAGCAUUCUCGGGUAACUAAAGUGAAGAGGAUUUUGGUGACUUCAAUGAAGAUGGAUUCUGAGUAUUGGAACAAGGCACCGAGGAGACAGUGUUGCGAGGUGAUGGAAGGAGGAAAGAAGAAAGAAAUGUUGAUAAGGAUUAGAAAGUGCAGUUCUUUGGAGAAGAUAUAA